UUAAGGGACUUCUACAGCGAACUUCGCUGUGUUUUAUUAUUGUUUGUUAUUGUUUGUUUAUGCAGAAAUAAGGGGCGAACAAUGUUUAAGAAACUCAAGCCUGGAGAGAGCGAGGAUGAUGUUCUGCGUAUGGCUGCAGAGUUUAAUGCAGAGCGACAGAAAAACCCGAAUUUUCAACCGGCAGCCACAGUUGUGCGUGUGGAAAAACCUGUUGGAAAAUCAUUGUUUGCUCAAAAGCGGGAGUUAAGCAAACUUAAUAGCAAAGCAAGUUUAAGUAAUGCCAACACAAAAUUAGAGGAAGCACCUUUACAGUUACCGGCAAAAAAGGUUGUCGAUGAAAACAAUGCCAAAAUUUUAACAAGCAAAAAAGUUUUGCUUGAUGAAAUACAUGAGAAUAUGUUGGGUGACGUUCGGGGAACAAAAGUAAAUCCUAAUCUGAUGGAUAAUGUGCUAGGAGAAAUUGUGGAAAGAAAGGAAGCCGAGCUACGACCUGCAAUAGAAUAUCAGCAGCAAAAUCAGUCCAACAGCAACAAAACAAAAAGUAUAUUUGCUCAAAAAUUCAAUGCAAAACACCAAACUGUAAAUACAAGCGGUUCUUCAAAGCAUAUACAAAACAAUCAAAAAGCUGAUAUGGCUUCGGAACGCAGCCGUAUUGUUCAAGAUCCAAACCAUACAAAGGAAAUUCACGCAGAAAAUAUGAGUUUACUGAAUCAAAUGCGGGAGGAGGAUAUAUUGGCAGAACGCGAAAAAUUGUUAAGUUCGUUAGAUCCAUCUUUGAUUAACCUUUUAACCCGGAGACAAGAAACGCAAAAGAAUCUGCCAAAAACUAUCCAAAUGCCACAAAGCAAAGAGUCACAGCAACUGCCAGCAGUUGAUGGCAUAAAUCUAUCAGAGGAUAAUCCAGCACUGGAGCUACUUCAGCAAAGUGAUGAGGGAAAUUGGUUAAAUUUUAAUUUAAUUGAAGAGCACAAAUUGGCCUGGAUGAGGGAUAUUCCUGCAAAGGUGGCACAGCUUAAACCUGGACAUCAAUUCAAUGCACGCUUCGAUUGGAAGGGAGUAUUAUUGCCACAUACAAUUGAGGAUCUACCGCAAAAGGUCGAUGAGCGCGAGUUGUAUUUGCACGGCGAGGAGCCCGAUCGACCUGGAUAUACGCUGCAGGAGAUCUUUCGUCUGGCGCGCUCAACAGUUUUACAGCAGCGUAUUUCAGCAUUUGGAUCAAUUGCUGGCAUUCUUAGCAUCUAUAAUCAGGGCUUCUAUGAUCAGGUGCUAACCUUGCCGGUUUCCAAAAUAUUCUUUCUGUUGCGCUUUGGCCUGGACGAUAAUACGCCUGCUCAAUUGGAAGUUGUGAGCAGAGCUUUAGCCAGAUUGUUCUACAACGAAACGGAUGAAGUUCUGCUUGAUCAUAUCUGUGAGAAUGCCUACUGCCAUUGGCAACCAACGCUGCAAGUGCUGAUUGAUAACGAAGAGUCUGGCGAUCCCACAUCCUUUGCCUUCCUACAACGUUAUAUGAAACUGUUGCGCACUAAUUCGAAUGCUAUAAAUGCCGAUGUUGAUGAGGAUCAAAAGGAACAGGACAGUCGCCUUUCAAUGGAUGACUUUCAGCUGGCUGAAACAGAUUUGAUGAGUUGCCUGCUACGUACUAAUAUAUUGCAGCGCAUCUGUUUUAUACUGCGCUCAGUGCGUCCUGAAAACAGUACAGUGGAGUCCUGUUUAAAGCUGCUCAUUCGCAUCGCUCGCACAAAUGUUGACUCUGCCAGGAAAUUAGUUCAGGAAAGUCAACUGCUAAAUGUGAUAUUGAUGAAUUUUAUGCCUAAAAUAUCUUCAGGAGCUACACAGUCAACAUUCUAUGGUCAUCCUCAGUAUCUGUGCCUUAAAUUAAUACGUGUCCUGAUCUGUCAGCACUUGGACAUCGCCAAGCAAUUGACCAAUGAUACAUUAAUCGAAAGUUUGAAAGGCUUUUUAUUUUAUCGUGAUGACAUUAAGGGUAAAUUGAUACGCGUUCAGAUCGAGUCGCUGCGUAUUGUACGCUGUCUGCUGAUACUUGGAAUUCUGGAUCGUGAAUUGUUUAAGCAAUUUGUACCUGCACUAAGGCAGAUGCUGGAUUGGCAUUAUAAUCAUUGCGUUUUCGAUGUGGGCGGUCCGGCGCUUAUUCGCCAGCACGCAGCUGCCUUGCUGGUUGCCAUUGUGGCCAGCGGCGAGAGCGACGUUUGUGAUGUUGAGGCACAGAAGUUGUUGAUGGAGCCAUUGCAUAACUGCUGCUGCAGUUGGAUGCACAAAGCCACACGUGGCGAUGGCCUUAAGGAUUACGCACAAUUGACUCUUUUGAGUGCCGUGCUCUAUGCUGUACGUUGGUUUGCCGGUUUUGGUUAUCUGGGAACGUCAUCUUUUCGUCAGUUCCUGCUUAAUAUUCUGCCACAGUAUGUGUCCUCUACAGGCUUUAUUGGUUGCGUGCAGCAGUUGUCCCGCGGGUCUAUAAUUUUGAGAAGCUUUGGGGAUCGUCGCAAUGUGCAUGCACCGUUGCCAAAUGUGGGCGCUGUAUUGAUGCACGACUGUGGUCCACAGUUGGUUGUCAGCGAUUUAUAUCCGGUACAGUUGUUGAGUAACCUCUGGGCAUUUCUGGUGGAGCCACUAGAGGAUGGCCACGAUCUUCUGCUCAAAGCUCUAAUGAAACCUUCUGUGCUGGAGCCCUUGAGCGAUUACCUUAAGCAGUUGAGCCUGCAGCUAAAUCGAUUUCUGGCCAGCAACUUUUUUGCACGUAGCGAAUUGAAGUUUGUCCAUCAACUACUCAUCACCGACGGGAUUGAAACCUAUUUAUCCAACACGCAGUUGCUGCAGUUGGUUUACAAUUAUCUGUGCUGUUUGCCGUCGGCUCAGGCCAGGCAAAUUAAGAGUAUUUUUGAAAAAUACAUCUUUAGUGGAAAGUACGUUCAGUUAGAUGAAGUAUCCUUGGAGCUGCUACAAACAACUUGCCUGGAAAUUAUCUACACACAAUUUAUAGCAGACAACAAGGAACCCAGCUUGACACUUUCUUACACUCAAGCACCAGUUUUACCCGCCGACUGGCCUUACAUUCAGCUGCGUCAUAUACUUAACAACUAUUUGCAAAAUGUGCAACAGCAUCCGGCUGUCAUAGUUUCAGAGAAUCAGGUGGUGCGUAUGACCUUGACGUUUGUAGAGCAGCUGGAGCAGCAGGGUCUGCAAAUUGUCACUCCCCUUGAAAAACUCAUGUACCUGAUGAUAGCGUUUAUGGGUCCCGACAGUCAGUUUCUCGAGCCGGAGCUUCACAUGCUACUCAUUGGCCAACUGAACAAUUUCUACGCUCAGAACGCAACACAUCAUUUCGACUUUGAGGCCACGUAUGAGGACAAGGCGAAUUUUGAGCCACUUUACUACUUGUUUGUUAAUCACUUUGAGGCUGCCAGCUACGGAGAUGAGCUUUUCAGUUCCCUGGUGCUGCUCCCAUUGGCUCAAAAGUACGAUAACAAAUGGCGGCGACGCAUUUGGUCUGAGCACGUUCAGGCACUGCGAUUCUUAAACUGCAAUGAGAGUUUGCUGAUCGGUGGGCUGUCUGCCUAUUUAGAACCUUUAGAGGAGGAGCCCUCCCUACUUCAACUUUAUGGGGAUGCAUUGGAGCGUCAACUGGUGCGACCAGGCAGUAUUGCUUACAAGAUUGCCAGGCAUCAUUUCAACAACUCGCAGGCAAUUCAAAAGACAAAACUAUUUUGACAAGGACACCUCCUUGGACAUUGAAGAUUGUAAUUUGUUGUCCUGAUUUAAUUUGUAAUUAAUUCGAAAUACAUGUGUAUAACUGAAUUUAUUUUUCGUCUCGCCAAACGUGGUUAAAUUGCUAUUCUAGGCCAUUUGCACAAUAGAUUAUGCAGAAAUCAA